AUGGACGACGAUUAUGUUGCGCAGCUCCUUGCCAGAGAGGCUCGGGAGAGCUCUUUGAAGUACUCAUCGCAAGGACUUAGUGCUCUCAUGCCUUCCAAGCCAGCCGGGAACGCCCCUAAACCAAAUACUCGCUUUUUGCGACACCUUAUUAAAGAAACCGAUAACCACAAUACAGCACUCAAGCGCAAGGAGGAGAGAGAGUCACGGGAGCGAAUACGCCAGCUGAAAACCCAAGGCUCGACCGCUUCGUCUUCCACGGACCGGAAAUCGGACGAUCGCAGCGAAGCACGGGGAUCAAGAGAAAGUCGACAAGAUGAGAAGAGAUAUCACUAUCAUUCGAGUGGAAGAAGACAUAAAAGUCGCUCUGUUUCGACGGAGCGAGACCGAUCAAGGCGGCAUCGUCGCGGAAAUGAGGAUCAUGAUGAACACCAUGACCGACCUAGAGACCGAGACGAGCGAAGUCGUGAACACCGGCAUGGUGAAUACUCUAAGAUGGACCGACGGAAUAGAGAUAAGGAUUACAGUAGGCGGCGCCCUGACCGGUCUUACUCGAAAUCACGCAGCCGGUCGCCUCGUCGGGACCGAAGUAGUGACCGCCACCGUCGUCGGAGACAUGAUCAUCAUGAUGAAUCCUUUAGCCGACGCCGUUCUCGCUCACGGGAAGUACACAAAUCCCGGUCAAAGGGUGACAAUGCGACAACGAAAGCGCUCUUCCGCUCUCAUCGAGAACCCACUUCGCGAAACGACCGGCCUUCACCUUCUACUACGACUGCACGUAAUACCGAUACUGGCAAUGAAUCUGACCCUCUAGAAGACCUUGUCGGGCCACUUCCUCCUAGUCAAAAGGACGAAAUGAUACGCUCACGGGGACGAGGCGCUUACAAGAACUUGAGUAACAUCGAUGCCCACUUUGCACCAGGCUAUGACCCGGCCACCGAUAUACAGCUGGAUGAUGGCAAUUCAAACGCUGCAGGUCAGCAAUCUUCUCGUCGACCUGUCGCAGGACUCAUGACAGGAGAAGACGAUUGGGACAUGGCCCUGGAGGCGCUGCGCGACCGGACGCGUUGGAAACAAAAAGGCGAAGAGAGGCUUCGCGAGGCUGGCAUUGAUGAUACAGCUAUCGACCGAUGGAAGAACAAUGCGGCGUUUAAAGUGCUGGGUGGAGAAGGCAACCCCGAGGACGUUCAAUGGUCGAAGAAAGGAGAAGGUCGAGAAUGGGAUCGUGGAAAGUUUGUCGAUGACGAAGGUCAUAUCGAUGUUCGAGCUGCCUGGUAG